CAGUCGCGCCGGCUCUGCUCAGCCGCGACUGGCACUCCGGGGCUGGCCGGGGAGCGCUCGAAGCGGGGAGAAGCGCGGUGAGGCGCCGGCCCCAGCAUGUCGCUGCCUCCGGAGAAAGCCUCCGAGCUGAAGCAGCUCAUCCACCAGCAGCUGAGCAAGAUGGAUGUCCAUGGCAGAAUAAGAGAAAUCCUUGCCGAGACAAUACGGGAAGAAUUGGCACCUGAUCAACAGCAGUUAUCAACUGAAGAUUUGAUCAAAGCCCUUAGACGUCGGGGAAUCAUUGAUGAUGUGAUGAAAGAACUUAAUUUUGUUACUGACAGUGUUGAUCAAGAACUCCCUUCCUCUCCAAAACAACCUUUUUGUUUCACUGAUAGACAAUCAACGUUAAAAAAAACUAAUAUUGAUCCAACACGGAGGUAUCUUUACCUUCAGGUUUUGGGUGGAAAAGCUUUCUUGGAACAUCUACAAGAACCUGAGCCUUUACCGGGACAAGUUUGUUCAACCUUUACUUUAUGUUUACAUUUUCGAAACCAACGUUUUCGUUCUAAACCUGUUCCAUGUGCCUGUGAACCAGAUUUUCAUGAUGGCUUUUUACUUGAAGUACACAGAGAAAGCUUGGGUGAUGGAACUAGAAUGGCUGAUUCAACAACAAUGUUAUCAAUAAGUGAUCCCGUUCAUAUGGUGCUAAUCAAAACAGACAUAUUUGGUGAGACUACUUUAGUAGCCUCCUAUUUUCUUGAAUGGCGAUCAGUUUUGGGCUCAGAAAAUGGAGUGACCAGUCUUACUGUGGAACUUAUGGGUGUAGGCACAGAAUCAAAAGUUUCUGUGGGAAUUUUAAAUAUAAAACUUGAGAUGUACCCACCUCUCAAUCAAACAUUAUCUCAAGAAGUCGUGAACACACAGCUUGCUUUGGAACGUCAGAAAACUGCAGAGAAAGAACGAUUAUUUCUUGUAUAUGCUAAGCAGUGGUGGAGAGAAUAUUUGCAAAUUCGACCCUCACACAACUCACGGCUGGUUAAGAUAUUUGCACAGGAUGAAAAUGGGAUAAAUAGACCAGUCUGUUCCUAUAUUAAACCACUUCGAGCAGGGAGGCUUUUGGAUACUCCAAGGCAAGCAGCCAGAUUUGUUAAUGUCCUUGGUUAUGAAAGAGCCCCGGUUAUUGGAGGAGGAGGUAAACAGGAACAGUGGUGCACUCUGCUGGCCUUUCUCUGUAGAAACAAGGGUGACUGUGAAGAUCAUGCUAACCUUCUGUGCAGUCUUCUUCUUGGAUAUGGAUUAGAAGCCUUUGUCUGUGUUGGGACUAAGGCAAAAGGAAUACCUCAUGCAUGGGUUAUGACCUGUGGAACUGAUGGAACUGUCACUUUUUGGGAGAGUUUAACAGGACACAGGUAUAUCCACAAACCUGUCAAUCCUGAUGAAUCUCCAGUUACUGAACAGCCCAAACCAUUGUACCCAUAUCGAACAAUUGGUUGUGUUUUCAAUCAUCAGAUGUUCCUGGGAAAUUGUCAGCCCUCUGACUCAGUAGAAAUCUGUGUGUUUGAUUUGAAUGAUGAAUCCAAAUGGAAACCCAUGAGUGAAGAAGCAAUCAAAUCUGUGUGUGCUCCAGGAGCUACAACAUCCCUUCCUCCCUUUCCCCCUCUAUGUGCAUCUACAAUUGAUGCUUCAGUAACAAGUAAUGAAAUAGAAAUGCAGCUAAGGCUACUAGUGUCAGAACACAGAAAGGAUCUGGGUCUCACCACUGUUUGGGAAGACCAGCUUUCCUAUCUCUUAUCACCAGCUUUGGCUUCUUAUGAAUUUGAGCGCACAACAAGUAUAUCUGCAGGCAAUGAAGAAUUUCAAGAUGCCAUAAGGAGGGCUGUACCUGAUGGUCACACAUUUAAAGGGUUUCCAAUACAUUUUGUAUAUAGAAAUGCAAGGCGUGCAUUUGCCACAUGUCUUCGGUCUCCUUUCUGUGAAGAAAUAAUUUGUUGCCGUGGAGACCAGGUGCGACUGGCAGUCCGUGUCCGAGUGUUUACUUACCCUGAAUCUGCAUGUGCUGUUUGGAUCAUGUUUGCUUGUAAAUAUCGCUCGGUAUUAUAGGACUAACCUUUCUAUAAGAAUACACCUGUGUUUUAUUGAAAUUUUACACAUUGUACAUUAGUAGUUAUUUAGAGGUUCAUUAUUUUAAAAAUCACAUUCUGGCUUGGAUGUCAUAUUUUAUUAUUGUAUAUACCUGACUGAUAAUGUUUGAGAAAAAUCAUGUGUAUAUUUAAAAAUUAAGAAUGAAAAACUUGUAUAAAUCUGAGUGGAAUUUAGUAUAAAUUAAGUGUAUAUUAUAUUUUAAUAAAUGUUACUUUGUUUACAGUUAUUCAGUAGUUUAAAUAUGAAUAUAAAACUUAACCCAGUUUUCUUUGCAUUAACAGGCAAUCAGAGAAAUAUUUAUUUGUCUAAGGGUUUGAGCCAUGGUAAAUUCAAUAUAGAUCAUUAUUUUUCAUAGAUCAAAUGGGAUUAUUUUAUAUAAAUUAGAAAAUAACGUCAUAACAGAUAUAUUUAUUAGAUAGGUGGAAAUACAUUUUGAUGAAUUAUCACUUUAGUGGUUUACCCAUGGCUAUAGGGAUAUUUGUGACUUUCCAGGGAUUUAUGGGAAGACUUCGAUGCAAUAAUAGGAAAAACUAAUACCAGAAAACAUAAAUAUUAAUAACAAAACAAACCUCACAGAAAAAGACAUAAUUUAUACUUGUUUGAUUCAUCACAAAAAUGAAUUGAGUGUUUUAGAAAAAAUUCAUCAUACUCUUUUGUUAUGAUUACUGAUAAACUGUUUUCUAAAAUUAAAUUUUUUUAUAUUUUUUUAAGAGAGAGAGAUAGAGUGCA